GCCCGCGCCGGGUCCCCGUCCCCGCCCCCGCCCGGCGCGCCGGUCCCUCCCGGCAAGAUGGCAACCCCGGCCGCCGUCAACCCUCCGGAAAUGGCUUCCGACAUCCCUGGAUCUGUGACCUUGCCUGUUGCCCCCAUGGCGGCCACUGGGCAGGUGAGGAUGGCAGGGGCCAUGCCUGCCCGAGGAGGAAAGCGGCGAUCCGGAAUGGACUUCGAUGAUGAAGAUGGUGAAGGUCCCAGUAAAUUUUCGAGAGAGAACCACAGUGAGAUCGAGCGGCGCAGGCGAAACAAGAUGACUCAGUAUAUUACGGAGCUCUCCGACAUGGUUCCCACCUGCAGCGCGCUGGCUCGGAAGCCAGACAAGCUCACCAUACUGCGCAUGGCUGUUUCGCACAUGAAGUCCAUGAGGGGCACCGGGAACAAAUCGACUGACGGCGCGUACAAGCCUUCCUUCCUCACUGAGCAGGAGCUGAAGCAUCUCAUCCUUGAAGCUGCUGAUGGGUUUCUGUUUGUGGUGGCAGCUGAGACAGGAAGAGUCAUCUAUGUGUCGGAUUCUGUCACACCUGUUCUGAACCAGCCACAGUCAGAGUGGUUUGGGAGCACCCUCUAUGAACAGGUACACCCUGACGACGUGGAGAAGCUGAGAGAGCAGCUGUGCACUUCGGAAAACUCCAUGACAGGCCGCAUCCUGGACCUGAAGACCGGGACAGUGAAGAAGGAAGGCCAGCAGUCGUCCAUGCGCAUGUGCAUGGGCUCCCGACGCUCCUUCAUCUGCAGGAUGAGGUGCGGAAAUGCUCCCUUAGACCACCUGCCUUUGAACAGAAUAACCACCAUGCGGAAAAGGUUCAGGAAUGGCCUUGGCCCUGUGAAAGAAGGAGAAGCCCAGUACGCUGUGGUCCACUGCACCGGUUACAUCAAGGCUUGGCCUCCAGCAGGAAUGACCAUACCCGAAGAAGACGCUGAUGUAGGACAAGGCAGCAAAUACUGCCUUGUAGCAAUCGGGAGGCUCCAGGUGACCAGCUCUCCUGUGUGCAUGGACAUGAGCGGCAUGUCAGUGCCCACGGAGUUCCUGUCCCGGCAUAACUCUGAUGGAAUCAUCACAUUUGUGGACCCAAGAUGCAUCAGUGUGAUUGGCUACCAACCCCAGGACCUUCUGGGAAAGGAUAUUCUGGAAUUCUGCCACCCUGAGGAUCAGAGCCACCUACGGGAAAGCUUCCAGCAGGUGGUUAAGCUGAAGGGCCAAGUGCUGUCGGUCAUGUAUCGGUUCCGCACCAAGAACCGGGAGUGGCUGUUGAUCCGUACCAGCAGCUUCACCUUCCAGAACCCCUAUUCCGAUGAGAUCGAGUACGUCAUCUGCACCAACACCAAUGUCAAGCAGCUUCAGCAGCAGCAGGCAGAACUGGAGGUGCAGCGAGAUGGCCUGUCGUCCUAUGACUUAUCUCAGGUCCCUGUACCCAACCUACCUGCCGGUGUUCACGAGGCAGGGAAGUCCGUGGAAAAGGCAGAUGCAAUCUUCUCCCAAGAGAGAGACCCUCGUUUUGCUGAGAUGUUUGCAGGCAUCAGUGCGUCGGAGAAGAAGAUGAUGAGCUCAGCAUCAGCAUCAAGCAGCCAGCAGAUCUACUCCCAAGGAAGUCCGUUCCCUGCUGGGCACUCGGGCAAGGCCUUCAGCUCUUCCGUGGUCCAUGUGCCUGGAGUGAAUGACAUUCAGUCCUCCUCCUCAACGGGCCAGAACAUAUCCCAGAUCUCCAGGCAACUGAACCAAGGCCAGGUGGCAUGGACAGGCAGCCGUCCACCCUUCCCAGGGCAGCCCAGCAAGACACAGUCAUCUGCCUUUGGGAUUGGAUCAAGCCACCCCUACCCGGCUGACCCUUCUUCCUACAGCCCUCUCUCCAGCCCAGCUGCCUCCUCGCCAAGUGGAAACGCCUACCCCAGUCUUGCCAACAGGACUCCAGGGUUCGCUGAGAGUGGACAGAGUGGCGGGCAGUUCCAGGGCCGGCCCUCCGAGGUCUGGUCUCAGUGGCAGAGCCAGCACCACGGACAGCAGAGCGGUGAGCAGCACUCCCACCAGCAGCCUGGCCAGACUGAAGUGUUCCAGGACAUGCUGCCCAUGCCGGGGGACCCGACGCAGGGGACUGGCAACUAUAACAUCGAGGACUUUGCUGACCUGGGCAUGUUCCCUCCAUUUUCUGAGUAGCUUCAGGCAAAGCCAGGCUCCUACUGCCCAGGCACUAUUCUUGUCAUGGCAUAGAUGCCCAUGUUCAAAGGGCCCCCCCCCUCACCCAGCUUGCCCUGCUGCAGAAACCCCAGAAGCCCCCCUUACUCCCCAUCUCCCUGGACAUGGCAUCACCUGGCUCUAACCCACAGGCCUGGCUUCUUGGGUUUGGGGUCUUUGUAUUUAUUGUACUUUAUCUGUGUGCUUGGAAGGGGGCCUCCAGGGUCCUUAUAUUCCAUUGUGAAUAAUCUCUUAAUGGACAAUUUGCACCCAUCAAGUGUUUGCUUGACAUCCACAGUGGCUGGCAGCACCAGCAGGUCUGCCUGGUGCAGAGGCUGGGUUUCUUUCUGCUUUUUCACAGCUGCUGCCUGGGGGCUUCGGGUCAGACUAAGAGGCAGUAACCUCUGCGUUCUGUGCUGGAGCUGGGAGCAUAGAGACUUGAGACUCCCACCACUCACUGUCCUUGAUGGCCUGGGGCCAGGUGUGCUUUAUACAGUGAGAAUCCAAGUUGUGAGUUGGUAGAUGUACUGUGGCGUGUUGGUGUGUGUGGCGAGUGAGAGUGAAACGCUGUCCCCAAUUCAGCUGCAUUUCAAAGGGGAGCAUGCCAGGAGGCCUGGGAGCUGGGCUGACAGCCAACCCUAUAGCACCGUCCCCAGCAGUCAGGGCUGGGGAGCUGCUCACUUUGUAAGCCAGUUCUUGGGUCCGCUGAUCCUUUUACAGACAGCCUCCACAUCUUAAAAGUUUCUAGCCUUUCCUCCGUGUGACCUAUGCGAACACUCUUCUCUUACUCUAGCCUGAGGGACAGUGUCCUGAUUCCAUGAAGGUUACUGCAUCCUCCCUGCUCUGUAGCAGAGCUGAGCUGUUUCCUGUCCAGCACCUUCAGGAAGUCACAUCUGGCCCUCUGUACGAGGUUAUGAUGCCCCACCUCUCAGAUCCCGGACACGUUCUGCUCAGUAACCUAGAAAGAUGGUGCCACAUUCUGGGUGAAGAAGGAUGCUCUGCGCCCCCUCAGCCUCUGUCCUCAGCAGGCAGGAGAGCCAGGAGUGUCUCAGAAUGGACACAGCCUGGCCUUGGAGGUCAGAGACUCAGCUCUGGCCACACUCUUACAGUGGUCUUAAGGUAGAACUAUGAGCUAACUUCCAGAAACUUCUGACACCAGAGUCCCUGUGUCAGUCAAAUUUGACAGAGUGCCAGACUUCACCCCAUUUUCAAGUCCCUCUGCUCCACCCACAUCCCAUGUGCUGUGGUGAGUGCUCUCUGCCACCCUUCACUUUAUCCAGCCUCAUCACAGAUAUCUCACCACCCUGGAUCAGCCCACUAAUGCCCAAGUGUGGGAGAAGCCACAGAGCUACCUUAGGCAGGCCCUGGGGUCCUUCAGAGCUCUUUCAGGAACCCCUUGUUUGAAUGUGGAGGUACAAGCUCUCACAACAGCCCUGCCUUGCUGCCUGACUACUGGGAUGCUGGGAGUGUAGCUGGGAGUAUAAUAGGUUCUGGAAUCCAUGAGAGCAGAAUGAGCAUGUGGGUUAAAGGCCUAGGACAGCACCACUGCAUUCCGAAGCUCAGCCUCGCCUGCCAUCCAGGGAGUACCAGUGUUUUUUACAGGACUCGCUGGCAGUCUCUACUUAGCUCAGCAGAAAACCGGUGAUGAUCCCUGUCCCUGACAAACCCUGGCCCCAGAGGUCCUCAAACAGCUUUGAACCCUCCUGUGGAGAGUAGUAGCACAGUCUGAGGUUCAUCCCAGCCUCAGAGUCCCAAAUAGGUCUCCUGUGUGUGCUGCACGGUACACCUUCUGUCCCCAGCAGUCGCGAGCUGGCCUCAGGUGGUGAGCAUAAGUCAUAAAAGAGAAAAAGGCCCAAAGCUAGCUUCAGGAGCAAAGGAUGCUUUUCAGUGAGGAAAACAGACAUAACCUUUAACCUGUGAAUUAAGAGGUGUGGGAGCUGUGGGUUUGGCGUUUUACUGCCUUUGGAGGAAAAUUGGGACUUUUCUUGGGUAUGUGACACAGGUUACAUGUCACUCCCUUAUAUGGGAGCUCAUCUGCUUUGUGACAGCUAUGGCCUAUCACACAAGCAAGAACAAAUCAUUUGCUAACCAACAGUAACAAGGCAAAACUGCCACACUCUUGGUAUGUGGCCAUGGCUUUCUGUGCCCUAACUUGCCAGUCCACCAUUCCCUACCCUAUCAAGCUGAUGCUCACCUCAAGUGCCACCACUGGGGAAACUGAAACAGGAAAGGUCGUGAGCUCAGGAGUUCAAGACCCAGACCUACCUGGGCAACAUAAUGAGACUAAUCUCAGAAAUAAAUAUACACCGAGGAUCAUGGCUGUAUUCCAUGGACUGAGAAGUCAGCAGCUCCCUAGCUGCCCUCUUCCUCCAUGAGUCUGGGACAGCUUUGAAGAGGUAGCUCACAGGGCAUGGCCAUAUUUCCACAUGUGACAUGCCAUGUCUUGUGCCCAGAGCUGGGUUUCUUCAGGCAGCCUGCAAAGCCUUGUGGGCAUUGGCCGUAGCAAAGUGGAGCUGUUCACAGGCCAUGCAGGGUGCACAGUGUGCUUUGUCUAACCAUCUAUUUCCUUCAAGAAAAAGUUCACAAGCAGGCUUCCAUGGACAGCAAGCACUUACUCAUCUCUCUCUUAGCCUUUCUUCUAUGGAUGUGAACUGUGCCGUGGGUAAAUCGUUUGUAUUUCUUGAACGUUCUGUAUGAUUAACAGGUAUUAAGUCACUGGGUAUAUGUAUAACUAAUGUAACUGCCUUUUCAAUUUUCAUUACAAUAAAAAAUGACUUUGCUCUGAA